GCAGAUGUGGCCGUCGUCCUGGCGAGUAAUCCGAUUGGACAUUUCGGCGCUUUCACGGUCGUUCAGCCCCGCUGCCUGUGUGUGGCAACCGGGCUAAACUGGACAACUGAGAGGGAAGCGCGAGAUGGUGGAGAGCACCAUGUUACGCUUUUAAAGAAUCUCCUCUCUCUCUUUUUUUUUGUUUUGUUUUUUGGUUGUUUUUUUUUUAUUUUUUGAACGCGGAAGGAGCCGUUUCGGAGGCGUAUUUUCGCCGCUCUUUCGGGGAUUACGGCGGCCAAAUUCCUGGGAGGACGAGGAGAAAAGUAGUUUUGUUUGCGCUCGGACCGCAUCGCCGCCGUCUUCUUUUGCCCGCUGCCCCCCCUCCGGUGUGGCUGGGGUGCGCUCCGGAGACAGGAUGCUCCGCCACGCUCUCGUUCGGAGGGAUUAAACGAAACGAGUGGAUUGUAGCCUGCUUUCUCUUCUUCGGUGACGGGCUGUUCACCACCUCCUCUCCUUCACCGACAACAAGCCGUCGGCUGUCGGCUGCCUGCUCUUUUCAACCAUUUUGCCAAAGGACCUGCAGAAAUAAACAAAGGCUUCAUUUCAAGAUGUAUCCACAAGGCCGUCAUCCGGCUCCUCACCAGCCCGGGCAGCCCGGCUUCAAAUUCACUGUAGCGGAGUCGUGUGACAGAAUUAAAGACGAAUUCCAGUUCCUUCAAGCCCAGUAUCACAGUCUUAAGGUGGAGUAUGACAAGCUGGCCAAUGAGAAGACGGAGAUGCAGCGCCACUAUGUCAUGUAUUAUGAGAUGUCUUAUGGACUCAACAUUGAGAUGCACAAACAGACGGAGAUUGCCAAACGGCUCAACGCUAUUUUAGCUCAAAUUAUGCCUUUCCUGUCACAAGAGCACCAACAGCAGGUUGCUCAGGCAGUGGAGCGGGCAAAGCAGGUCACUAUGACUGAGCUGAAUGCCAUCAUCGGGCAGCAGCAGCUCCAGGCGCAGCACCUCUCCCAUGCGGCUCACGGGCCUCCCGUCCAGCUGCCCCCGCACCCCUCUGGCCUGCAACCUCCUGGCAUCCCUCCCGUUACGGGUUCAGGAUCGGGCCUGCUUGCACUCGGAGCCCUGGGGAGCCAAGCCCACCUUCCGGUAAAGGAUGAGAAGAACCACCAUGAUCUGGAACACAGAGGUGAGGUCCAAUUAGCAGCGGACGGACGUAAUAACUCAAUAUCACCAUCAGAAAGCUUACGCACAGCCAGCGAGAAGCACCGCAGCUCCUCUGACUACAGUCUGGACUCCAAAAAGCGCAAAGUGGAGGAGAAGGACAGCAUGGGCAGAUAUGACAGCGAUGGAGAGAAAAGCGAUGACUUGGUGGUAGAUGUAUCUAAUGAGGACCCCGCCACGCCCCGGGCCAGCCCAGCACACUCUCCGCCUGAGAAUGGCAUCGAUAAACCCCGUGCCCCCAAGAAGGACACACCCAACAGCCCUGCAUCAGUGGCGUCCUCUGGAAGCACCCCAUCCUCCAAGGCCAAGGAGCUCAGCCAUAAUGACAAAUCCUCCACGCCUGGCCUCAAGUCCAACACCCCCACCCCGCGCAAUGAUGCCCCCACCCCUGGCACCAGCUCCACUCCUGGGCUCAGACCCAUCCUGGGCAAGCCACCAGGCAUGGAGGCUCUCGCAGCCCCAGCCUUGCGUACACCUCUGUCCAUCGCAGGCUCCUACCCCACGCCCUUUGCCAUGAUGGGUCACCAUGAAAUGAACGGAGGCCUGACAAGUCCUGGUGUGUAUGCUGGUCUACACAUUUCCCCUCAGAUGAGCGCCGCAGCCGCUGCAGCCUAUGGACGCUCCCCUAUGGGUUUUGAUCCUCACACCCACAUGAGAGCCCCUGGCCUUCAAGCAAGCCUCACGUCCAUCUCAGGAGGCAAACCUGCUUAUUCCUUCCACGUGAGUGCCGAUGGCCAGAUGCAGCCUGUGCCUUUCCCACCCGACGCCCUGAUUGGGCCUGGAAUCCCACGCCACGCCCGUCAGAUCAACACACUGAGUCACGGCGAGGUGGUGUGUGCCGUAACCAUUAGCAACCCCACACGCCACGUCUACACGGGUGGCAAAGGCUGUGUCAAAAUCUGGGAUAUCAGCCAACCUGGCAGCAAGAGUCCCGUGUCCCAACUAGACUGUCUGAACAGGGAUAACUACAUCCGCUCCUGUAAGCUGCUGCCUGAUGGCCGCACAUUGAUCGUGGGAGGCGAGGCCAGCACGUUGACCAUCUGGGAUUUGGCCUCUCAGACACCACGUAUCAAAGCUGAGCUCACCUCCUCUGCGCCGGCGUGCUACGCCUUGGCCAUCAGCCCUGACGCCAAAGUCUGCUUCUCCUGCUGCAGUGAUGGAAAUAUUGCCGUGUGGGACCUCCACAAUCAGACUCUCGUCAGGCAGUUUCAGGGUCACACAGAUGGUGCUAGCUGCAUUGACAUAUCCCAUGACGGCACUAAGCUAUGGACGGGUGGCCUAGACAACACGGUCCGCUCCUGGGAUCUGAGGGAGGGUCGACAGCUGCAGCAGCAUGACUUCACCUCGCAGAUCUUCUCGCUAGGCUACUGCCCGACUGGCGAGUGGCUGGCUGUGGGCAUGGAGAGCAGCAAUGUAGAGGUGCUGCACCACUCCAAACCAGACAAGUAUCAGCUGCACCUGCACGAGAGCUGCGUACUCUCCCUCAAGUUCGCCUACUGUGGGAAAUGGUUUGUUAGCACUGGCAAGGACAACCUGCUGAAUGCUUGGAGGACUCCCUACGGCGCCAGCAUAUUCCAGUCCAAGGAAUCCUCGUCUGUCCUGAGCUGUGACAUCUCCACGGAUGACAAGUACAUUGUGACAGGCUCUGGUGAUAAGAAGGCCACAGUGUAUGAAGUGAUCUACUGAGAACGGAGCGCUUUGUCUGCAAGCAUGCUCUUGCUCAGGACCAGCACACUCCUCCAUGGAUUCCCCCUCACAGACAGCAUGGAUGUUGCCCACAGCCCCGACAUGGAUGGACAGGAGGUUUGGCAGUGCCAGACUGAGGUGGAUGUUUUUCUGGCCCCCGGAUGUUGUGACCUUCGGCUCUGCACUUCCUCAUUCAUCCAACUAACACUUGUACAGCGAGCGCAGUUCCCCAAAGGCACUAAGAAGAAAAUCAUGUCUUGCUGUUUUUUCUUUUGUUUUCUUCUUUUUUUUUUUAAAUGUGGAAAUACAUUUCCAUGACACAACUAGAAGCGGCGCUUCGCUGUGGAGUUUCUCUUUGGAGGUCCUGUGAAAAGUGUACAUAAUGGAGUCCAAAAAAAAAAAAAAAAAGGCCUUUUUAUAGAUUUAUAUUUUGGUGUCCAAUUACGCUUGUGAUGGUUCUUUCUUGUUCUCUGUGAAUUCUGUCCCCUCUGGGAAUGAAAAUUAGAUUAGGACUUUGUAAGAGGAUAUUCUAUUUCCCUUUUCCCCUCUUCGCUGCUUUUUUCCACAGUGGUUGUGCUGGACGACCUUUACAGAAAUCUAAUUUGGAUUUUUUUUUUUUUUUUUCUCCCCCCUUCUCCCUGAAAAACAACCUUUUCCCCCCACUGGAAUUUGCUUUAACACAGAACACAGAUGGUUGACCUAUGGAUUUUAACAGUGGAUAAUUCUAAAAAUCUUUUUGUCAAACUGGAAGGAGGAAAAUGGUGGUCUGUUCAUUUUUGCUCGGACUCCGGAAGGGGAAAAAAACAGCUCGAUGAAGACCUCACUGUGUACUCUGGCUGCUUUCAGUAACAUUAAAAUGGAUUACUAUCUACUGAAGGACUGAUGGCUUUUAUGGAGAAGCAGCUGUGACUUGAUUUUCAGCCUGUUAAUGUGACGCUUCAUUGCCUCAUUCAACAAAGUCAUCAGUCUAAAUGGCCCUUCUCUAUCUUGCUGGUGUUUGACGCUUUGUGACUGAUAUGCAAGUCUUAUGGUGGCAAGUAAACAUCAUCAGCACAUAUGA